CACUAAACGAAAAUAAGCUAACAAACUCGAAGUUUGCAUAUGACCACCAUAUCAUGUGCUUUAAACCAACUAUUAAUAUUAGGAAUCGCGAGAACAACUCUGAUAUCAUGUCAAAAACCAACUGCUUACAAUAACUUGAGUUUCUGGAAAAGAAACCAACUGCUCACAACAAUGUAUUUGUACGAGAGCCGUGCGUACAAGAGUGAUAUAGAUCCACAUAAUAAAUCUUUUAAUCGAAAAAUCGAAUUAUUAAAACCAAACCAUUCAUAACAUCAAAUCAAAAGAAACCAAAACAAAGGAAAUUUCCUUCACAUAAGUAUUCACCUAACUCAAUUAUUACCAUACUUUUUUAAUCAAAUGUCCAAAGUUAAAUUCUUACUGAGAGUGGAAGGGAGCAGACAAUAUGGUAUUAGAGAUAACUAGGUCUCUUUGAUCUUCUGUUUUGUUUCUUCCGUGAAAGUGGCAAACAAGACAUGUUCUUUCACAGUUAAAAAUGUUAAUUAAUCUAUCAUCUUUCUGUCGAUAAUUAAUCACGCUGUGUCCUCGGAGACGUGAAUGGCCCGGCCCACCAGCUGGGUAAUUAAAUAAAGAUAACCUCCUUUUUAAUAAUUAAAAUUUUACGGGCCGGGUCAGGAGCCCGAAAAGGGCCCAAUCCUCCAUUUUCCCCCACUAUAUAUAAUUACAUAGGAUGCCACUCUCCUCCUUCCUUCCUAACUCCCUUUCCUCAUUUUCUCUCUACCAGAAGCUCCAGUACACACCAUAACAAUGGCGUCCCUCUCUUCCCUUGCAGCUCUCUCUCUCCUCCUCUUCCUCUUCUGCACCGAUUCUGUUCGCUCUGCCACUACAACCUGCCCGCCUCAGAAAUUCAAGAACAACAAAAUCUUCGCCAAUUGCACAUCCCUCCCGGCGCUGUCCGCCGCCCUGCACUACACAUUCAACGCCGCCAAUUCCUCCCUCUCCGUCGCCUUCGUCGCCGCCGCUCCCGCCGCCGACGGAUGGGUCGGAUGGGGGAUCAACCCGAACGGCACCGGAAUGGCCGGCACCCAGGCCCUCAUUGCCCUCAAGGCCGGCGGCGGCGGCCUCGUCGUCAAGACAUUUAAUCUCGUCUCGUACGGCAGCAUCAAGGAGGAGAAGCUCUCGUUCGACGUCUGGGACCUCGCCGCCGAGUCCCUCAGCGGCGGGGCCACCGCGAUUUUCGCCUCGGCGAAGCUCCCGGCCGGCGCCGAUCAGGUGAACCACGUCUGGCAGGUCGGCGCGACGGUGACCAACGGUGUUCCCGCGAAGCACGAGUUUAGCCCGGCGAACCUAGCUGCGAAGGAGACGCUGCAGCUGGCCGGCGGCGCCGCUCCGGCGCCUUCCCCUGCUCCUGGUUCCACUCCCGGCGGCUCUGCUCCUGCUUCUGCUCCAGGCAAUGGCACUAGUGGUGGGUACAGGAUGAGGGAGAUUAAGUUGGGUUCUUACUUGGGGGUGUUUGUUCUUCUGGCUGGCUUGAUUGGUUUCUAGGAAAAAUUCCAAGCGAUUAGGCGGCGAGCCGUCUGGAUUCACGCCGUCCUUCACUCCUUUUACUUUCCCCUGUUCUUAAUUGCCAUCGCCGGCGUGCUUAGUUUGUAGUACGAUACGAGAAUGAUUAUUCGCCUAUAAUAUAAUGUCCAUCUGGGUAAAGCUUUUUGGUUUGGAGUUCACCAACAACGAUUAGCGCUCGACCAUCAAAUGUCGUCAAUAUAUAUGCCGAACGUUAGGUCUGCCGUCCGGUGCAAAUCCGUCCGCAAUCCCAACUUCCGUCGCCGUUUCGUUUCUCACCACCAGAACGAAGGAGGCGACGUCUGCGAGACUGCGACGACGGUGGGCCACCUCUGCUGCCAUUGCCAACAGGUUCCUUCAAGUAUCUGGCUUUUCUUUUCACAUGAGGGUUUCGCUGGGUGAAGAAGAAAAGUUAUCCCGUAAA